AUGCUCGCCCCGCUCGCCCGCACCGCCCUCCGCGCCUCGCGCCGCUCGCUCGCCGCCCCGGCCGCGGCCCGCAGCGUCUCGCUGCUCGCCGCCGCGCGCCCCGUUGCGCGUGCCGCCGUGCCGGCCGCCGCGCCCCAGCAGGUGCGCGGCAUCAAGCACAUCGACUUCUCCGGCGACGGCCAGAUCGAGACGGUGUACGAGCGUGCCGACUGGCCGAUCGAGCGCCUGCACGAGUACUUCAAGGACGACACGCUGGCGCUCCUCGGCUACGGCUCGCAGGGCCACGGCCAGGGCCUCAACCUGCGUGACCAGGGCCUGAACGUCAUCGUCGGCGUGCGCAAGGGCGGCGCGUCGUGGAAGGAGGCCGAGGCCGACGGCUGGGUCGCCGGCAAGAACCUCUUCGACAUCGACGAGGCCGCGCAGAAGGGCACGUACCUCAUGAUGCUCAUGUCCGACGCCGGCGCCUCGGAGGCCUACCCGAAGCUCAUGCAGUACAUGACCAAGGGCAAGACUGUCUACUGGUCGCACGGCUUCUCGCCGGUGUUCAAGGACCAGACCGGCAUCGAGUCGCCCAAGGACUGCGACGUCAUCCUGUGCGCGCCCAAGGGCUCGGGCCGCACCGUGCGCACCCUCUUCAAGGAGGGCCGCGGCAUCAACUCCUCGGUGGCCGUCUUCCAGGACGUGACCGGCAAGGCCCUCGAGAAGGCCGUCGCUAUGUCCGUCGCCGUCGGCUCGGGCUACACGUACGAGACCACCUUCGAGAAGGAGGUCUACUCUGACCUCUACGGCGAGCGCGGCUGCCUGAUGGGCGGCAUCCAGGGCAUGUUCAAGGCCCAGUACGACGUGCUGCGCGCCAACGGCCACAGCCCCUCGGAGGCCUUCAACGAGACGUGCGAGGAGGCCCUGCAGUCUCUCUACCCGCUCGUCGGCGAGCACGGCAUGGACUACAUGUUCAAGGCCUGCUCCACCACGGCCCGCCGCGGUGCGCUUGACGCCGCCCCCAAGUUCGAGGCGGCCCUGAAGCCCGUCUUUGAGGAGCUCUACGCUCGCGUCAAGGACGGCAGCGAGACCCGGCGGACGAUCGAGUUCGCCAGCCAGAAGAACUACCGCGAGCUCUUCGAGAAGGAGACCGACGAGGUCGCUGCCCAGGAGAUGUGGCGCGUCGGCCAGAAGGUGCGCGCUCUGCGCCCCGACCGUGCCGCCAAGGGCCUGUAA